AUGGCUAUCUUAGUCUCAAAGAAAAAGCCAGCAAUGGCCAAGAAGACAAAAGAUCCUCGUAUCUUCUUCUGUAACAAUCUUUGUUCUAACUUCAACAAAUCUAUCCUCUAUCGAAUUCCUCUCACCAUUCCUCUGUUCUUUGUUCUUUAUCUUUGGCUUUCUUCAACCAUCAUCAUCUCUUCAAGGAAACUCAACCACCCGAGAGUUGUUCUUAAUAAAGAUGGAGAAAUGGGGUCCCAAAGUAAUGAUACAUUCGCCGAAGAGGUUGCCGGAGAUAAAGUUUCCAGUGAAGAUAAAAACCGGUAUGGUCAUAAGCUUACGAAAAAAAUCGAGGAAGAACAAUACAAAUACAUCAAACCUAAGAGUGAAGGAGAAGGAUAUGCGUUAAGGGCAGUGGUUAAGUAUCUCCAAGUACAAAGAUCUUGGCUAUCCACCAGGGGAAAAGAUGAAAAUGUAAGAUCUUGUGAAGGAAAAGGAGUUUAUGUUUAUGAUUUACCAUCUAAAUUCAACAAAGAUUUAUUGGUGGAAUGCGUUGAUAUGGUCCCUUGGACUAACAUGUGUAAGUAUUUCAAGAAUGAUGGUUUUGGAGAAGCAAUAGAGAACCUUGGUCAAGGUUGGUUUAGGACACAUCAGUAUGCUCUUGAACCGAUCUUUCACUCUAGGGUUUCAAAGCAUCCUUGUAGGGUUUACAACGAGAGCCAAGCUAAGAUCUUUUAUGUCCCUGGCGGUUUUGAUGUUUUGAGAUGGCAUUUUAAGAAUGUUUCAGGGGAAGUGAAGGAUCAGUUAGGAAUCGAGGUUUUGAAAUGGCUUGGAUCAAAGAAAUCUUGGAGGAGAAAUGCCGGGAAAGAUCACGUCUUUUUUGAAAUUAAACUUGAUUUUGAUCAAGGUUUAAUUUUGGGUCCAUAA